CUAAGUUAGUUAGCAACGAUAUUUUUAGCUAGUAACCGCUAGGGUCUGAUAUAAUAAUACAACACACACUCUUUAUUUACUGUAAAUGUAUGGAAACCGCUAGGGGUAAUCAUUAGUCAGCUAGCUAAUCGAAAUAUAGCUAGGUAAACGUAAAUAACGCUGGGCUUGAGAAACUGGCUUUUGCGUUAUCCAAUGGUUACUGCUAACACAGAAGGUGGCUAACCUUAACGGAUUGGAAACUGUCCUAUCCUAACCGCAGCCAGCUAACGUUAGCAAGCAAGCGUCCUGUAGAAAUCCUAUCUUGCUAAGUUAGUGUUGUACAGUAAGGUUUGCAUAAGUUACAAGCCGGUAUCAACCUAUAAACACUACAUAGUCAACGAUAGUGAUUAACUUGGUGGUAAUAAAAGUUGCUGUUUUUCCUAAUUAACGCUAACGUUACAUAUAUUAUAGUAAGGUGGAUAUAAUGCACCACGUCAAGAUCAAGACUGAAAGGCCAGAUUUAGAGGGGGCUGGUGCACGAAGCAGAUUGGAUGCUGUGUUAAAGGGACUGGUAGAGAGGAGUGAAAAUGAAACGGAGCAAAAUGAGGGCGAUUCUGGAAAAAUAUCAGCAGACUCCUUAAAUAAGGAUUUGUCUCCAUUGUCUGCUGGAAAAAGGCCGUCAGCUCGAUUUCCACAGCACCGUCGGAAGAAGCGCAAAGAGAUGGAUGAGGGCAUACCAGAGAGCAAUCAGCACAAACAAAAUGCUUACAUCAUUAAGUUGUUUGAUCGUAGUGUGGAUCUGGCUCAGUUCAACACCAGCACCCCACUUUAUCCUAUCUGUCGUUCCUGGAUGAGAAACAAUCCUUCUGUCCGUGUGCAGCCUGCUUCCCCAAGCCCCCCUCACAGUAUGGUAGAGGAAGAGCUUACCGAUAUGAUCAAUGGUAAAGGUCAGAUUGUGUACAGACUCCCUCCUCCAACCCGCUGUCCAAUCAGCACCUCUGGUGAACCCAUCAAUCUCCGGAUCCCACAGACUGAAAAACCCACUGUUACCAAGUUAACAGAUUCAGUUCCUGUAUCCGGUUCUCUCAUAUGUGACCACAUGGAACGUUGGAAAAAGAUAAGACAAAAAUGGAAGGAGUGCUCUAACAAGAACCAGUUAAGAUACAGCGAGAGCAUCAAGGUCCUUAAGGAGAUGAAGGAGCUGUAUGAUCGCUAACUGGCUUUUACAGUAGCAUUAGCAUAGCAGUCAAUGUUUGAACACACCUGCCAUCUACAGUCUGAUUCCAAGGAAAGCAUGAAGACAACCUUGAGCCUUAAAUAGACCAUAUGUCCUAUGCAUUGCAGAAAAAAAUAUUUUAAAGAAUGUUUGUUUGUUGCAAUUUCUUGUGUUCUAGUGUGAUGUGUUCUUAUUCAUAAACAUUCUGUGAAGAUGUCUAAAUAAAUGAACUGGCUCUUCAGUUUUCCAAACACA